GGAAAAACGCUGUUUGUCCUCUAAACUCUACUCAAUUGAGGCGUGAAUGUAUUUUUCCACACUGACAGAAAGUGUGAGAUGGCUUUAGAGUUUGAGGAGCCUAUUACGGAUCCCGAAAAGAUUCGAAUUGCCUCAGAUUUUAUCUUGCACUCACCACCAGGAGAAUUCAAUGAAGUUUUCAAUGAUGUAAGAGUUUUAAUCAACAAUGAUUUUCUUCUCAAAGAAGGUGCUUCAGGUGCAUUUGCUCAGUACAAUAAAGAUCAAUUAACUCCUGUGAAAAUAGAUGGCUCGAAUUUUUUAGCUCUUAUUACAGAUUACAAUGAUUUAGGUGGGGGACGAUUUUAUGACCCUCGGAGUCAACAGUCUUUCAAAUAUGACCAUUUGAGAAAGGAAGCAGUUGAAUUUAAAACAUGGGAAUGUGAUAAAAGUACAGAAAGUUGGCGAAGGGCACUUGAAGAAGUUUGCACAUCGUAUGCUCAGAAUCAUUACAGACACGGGACAUGUUCUGUCUUUAGUACCAACCAAGAUGGUAAUAUUACUCUAAUAGCUUGCAUUGAAGAUCAUGAAUUUCAAGCAAAAAAUUUCUGGAAUGGACGUUGGCGUUCAAUAUGGACUACAACCUUUAGUCCUGAUUCUCCUACUGCUGAUCUAACAGGAGUAGUGAAAGUACAGGUCCAUUAUUAUGAAAACGGAAAUGUACAGUUAGUAACUUCAAAAGAGUUGAGUGAGAGUUUAACAAUCACUACUGAAUCACAAACAGCGAAUGAGUUUAUGCAGAUUGUUGAAGAAGCAGAAACUGAAUAUCAGAUGGCCAUAUCUGAAAAUUAUCAAACAAUGAGUGAUACCACAUUUAAGGCUCUUCGUCGUUUGCUUCCAGUCACAAGAACUAAAAUAGAUUGGGCAAAGAUUCUUAGUUAUAAAAUUGGAACUGAACUGAAACAUCACUGACCAUAAUGUUUCAGCAGUUCUAUGUCCACUGUUGAAAAUGUUUCUCGACUAGAAGUUGUACAGUUGGAGGAUGUUCCUUUUGAAUAGUUUAAUCAAUUUUAAUGAUGUUUGUACUUUGUUAUAAUUAAUACUCAAAUCAUGUUAUACUUAUUUAAUUUUUAAAAUGUGCCUAGAAUGAAUUUGCAUUUAAUUAUGUUAUUGAAAAAAUCUAAGUUUUUAAUAAUAUUUGGAUGGUUUUAUUUGUUUAGAAUUUAAUUUCUAUUAAUUUUUUCAAUAAAAAUCAAUCUGAGCUUCUUGUUCAUUAAUUGUGGAAAUGAAUUGUUAUUGCAUUCAACAAAAAUCAAUAAAAGCUUAAUACUUUUCCCUAAAAUUACUCACCACUCUCUUUAUUGAAGCAAAUUUGAAUUACUUCUUUCUGGCUCUUAUGUGAUUUAACAAAGUAAGAUUUAAUGCAACCAAAGGCUUCAGUUGUUGUUUAUAAAAAUACAUUUUAUGUUUGUGUACUUCUUUGCAGUUGUAAUAUAAAUAUAAAAAUUUGUAUUUGUUUCUACA